AUGUUUUCAGUUGUGAAAGAAGAGAAUUUGGACAGCAGAACAAAAAAGGAAGACAGCCCCCUGGAGCAGAUACCUGUGUCACAGGAGGCCACAUCAAACCCUGGGGCCUUUUCAAAGUCUUUCCAUCUGCUCAGUCACUGGGAGGUAGACAGCCCCAGGAAGGAGCCCAGUCAGCCUUGGAGGCCAGGCCAGGAGUGGAUAAAGCUAGAAAGAGACAGCAUGGAAGAGAAGGUGUUUGACCAGCUGAAGCCAAUCAAACCUGUACAGAAGCUGCUCCUUCAGGUGGACGAGGACUCCCUGAAGGGAGAGUGCUGGUGGAAGGCGUGGGUGAAGAAGCCAGUCACCUCUGAGGAUGUGGCAGUGAAUUUCACCCAGGAAGAGUGGGAAUGUCUAGAUGCCAGUCAGAGGGUCCUCUACAAGGAUGUUAUGUCAGAAACCUUCAGAAAUCUGAUGUCUGUAGAUCUGAUCGCCAAGCUUGAACUGGAAGAGAAACAGUGGAGAGCAGAUCUCUGUCCCCCAAAUGGAGAAGGCCUUCAUUCAGGAGGCAAGAAGGAGGAACUUCAAGAACAGAGUCAGAGUUUGGGAGAUGAGGGAACUGGAGAUAACGAGAAGGUCUCCCUUGCUCGCCGAGGGGCAGGCCCAUCCUGUGCUCCAGCUGGCUCCCUAGACAGGACGUCAGUGUUCCCAGCAUCCCGGGUUGGGCCACUCUUUGCCUGCCAUACCUGUGGCAGGUGCUUCAGCAAGCGCUCCAGCCUCUACCACCACCAGUUUGUUCAUAGUUGCAGCCAGUGUGGGAAGUCCUUCCUGAACCCCAAGGACCUCAGCUACCACCGGCGCAAGCACCUCGGGGAGAGGCCCUUCUGCUGCUCACUCUGUGGCAAGACCUACUGUGAUGCUUCUGGACUGAGCCGUCACCGCCGUGUCCAUCUGGGUUACCGGCCCCAUUCGUGCCCCUCCUGUGGGAAGUGCUUCCGGGACCAGUCUGAGCUCAAACGCCACCAGAAGAUACACCAAGGCCAGGAGCCAGGAGCUGGAAACCAGAAGCAUACUGUGAGGAUUCCAGACACCACAGCCAGAUUCCAGGGGCUGGCAACUGGGAACAGUGCACCAGUGGCUGGGACCCAAGAACCCUCAUUUAAAACCAAGGGUCCUGAGGCUCAGACUCAGCCACCAAUAGACAGGAACCAGGCACCUGCAGCCAAGAACCAGGUAAUCACUGUGAAAGCUCAGCACCCUGUCAUUACAACCCCAAGGCCUGUGACCAGGACCCAGGCAGUCAACAUGAGAGCCGCCUGCCUGGAUACCAAGUCCAACUCUCACCCGGAAAAGCCUUCAAGACUCAAGGUCUUCUCUUGCUCUCAUUGUCCCUUGACUUUUAGCAAGAAAACCUCUCUCUCCAGCCACCAGAAGGCCCACUUCACAGAGCAGUCCAACCGCUGCUUCCACUGUGGCAAGUCCUUUACUUUACUCUCUGGGCUGGUCAGGCACCAGCAGACUCACUGGAAGAAGAAGCUGUACUGUUGCCCUAUCUGCGAUGUCUGCUUUGGGGAGAAAGAGGACCUUUUGGGUCACUGGGGGGGCUACAGGGGCAAGGGGCUCUGCCUGGGCAGUCCCCAUAAAUGCUGGGCCAUCCUGGGUCAGUGGAUUGGCUUUUUCCCUGAUGCCUCCAAUGCAGCAGGGAAGGAAAUGGAUCUUUCUCCUGGAUCCAUACCCUCAGGAGAGAGAAGGAAGGGAGGGGAGAAGGCAGCAGAGAAAAGAAAGCAGAUAAGUCAGUGAAAGUCUUGGAAUGUAAAUAAGUGGCCUUUUGGCCCAAAGUCUUUCUCUGGUUUUCCUGAGGACUGACCUCCAGGCUAAGGAGACUGGGGUAGAGGAAGAGAGAGGUGAAGGAGUACUGAAGGAAAUACAGAAAGGAAAAGGGACAAGAGGUGGCACAUGGAAACUUGUAUUAUUAUUAAUUAGCACCUAGCUUGUUUCUCUGUGUCUGAUACACCAUCAAGUAGUAGUUGUUGAAGAAAACACUCCAAUAGGUGUGAAGAUGCGAGAAAAAGGAUGAGUGAGGGUGAGUCUGAGGGACCCAUCUGGACAAGAUGCAGAAGGGAGGCGUUCUAAAGCAGGCGUGUGGCCCAGUUCUCAACCUUUGCUCCCCUGGCUCCUCGGUAGGCUGCCUGGGCAAGAUGGAGCUCUGGCCGGCAUUCUGUGGGUUUCUUCCCAUCCUGUUUUUGGUUAGAGCUCCUCACGUCCUCACUCUGCAGAUCACUUGGCUCUCUCUUGGAUGUUUUGGACUUUUCCCACUCCUUCCCAGCAGGGCUGAGAUCUUGGAAGAAACAGUCACCAUUUGCAAAGCUGGCAUACUAUAAUUUGCAACGAGGAGGUUCCUGGUCUCCAGUUCAUGGCAGAGACCCUCUUGCCUGUGUUACUCUGCAGCACAGCUGCCCUCUGAUGGAGAGUAGAGCACCUGCCUGGCUGCAACCAGAGGGGGCAUCCAGAUGGAAGACAGACUAAGGAAUAGAAAGACGUGGGUAGCAUAAAGGGGCAGAGGAAGGAAGGAUCUGGGAAAAGGGAGAGACAAGGCAGAUGACAGAAGAGAAGUUGAUCCUAUUUGGAAUUCAGAGCACUCCUGAAAGUGCAGAUUGAAAUGUCCCCAGAGCGAAGAGGCCAGUGAGUGUGCAACUCGAUGGAUGCGACAUCCCUGAGGACCAAUCCUUGGACCAACAAGGCUCUUCUCCACCCCUGCCAAGAUGCGACAUCAUUCAGAAGGGGUUUCCUAGGAGGAGGAGAAAAUAACUUGAAGAAGCUGUCAACGGUUUCUAUCAUGAAACUGUCAAACCAGGGAGAAGAAAGGCCCUGUGGAGUCAUCUAGUUUCUAGAGGGGGCGCCCAGGGCAGCUGCUGUAGGGAGGGAACAAAUGGGAAAGGAGGCCAGCUGGAGUGGGAUUCCUGUUUGGAGCAUGAAGGCGAGGGAGGAGUUCUCCCUCCACCCAGGUUCACCAGCCCCUCCUGUCCUUUUGGGAUAUUGAUCCCUCAAUAGCCCCCUCUUCCCCUUGCCGUUUUCCUUGAUGGUUUUUUUUUGUUUUGUUUUGUUUUAUUGCUCUCGCCUUACAAGAAAGAGGAGAAAACUUACUUAGCUCUUCAAGAAAUUGCCCUGAAAACAAAGAGAAACAGGUGAUGAGUGGAUGAUCCUCCCUGUGGACUUUGCAGUCAUGCCCCACCCCACCCCCCUUUCUACUAAGGGACCCCACAGAUCUCAGUAAGUGGCUCUCUUCAUGGAUUCUCUGAGGAGCCUGGAGCUGGCCACGGGGACAGAGCAGGAAGGAAAUUCCAGCUCUGAAUCUUGAGCCCUGGUUCCAUCCACCCUCUUUAGGUUUCCCGUUCAGGGCUGGCUUGAUCCCCUGCUGCUCAGCGGUCCCCUUUGCUGCCCCAGCACUGCACCUGCUAGUCUGCGGUGUAGCCAGUUGUAGCAGAUGAUCAAGGCCACCAGGGGUCCGAGGACCGGCACGAUUACAAACAGGGUUAUCUUCCAGCAGGGCACCCUCAGGAAGUGGGCAUCUGAAUCGUUUGCCGCAGAACAAACAGGAUUAACGUGUGUUCCCCCUCGUGGCCCACCCAGCCCUCUCCGUUUAUUAUUGGGUUUCUUUUGGGUGGGGGUGGGGUUCUUCACCUGGCUUCCAAAAGAGUUUGAAUAGAAUCCCAGGAGUUCAUGAAUUUGGAUGAGAAAGGCACUACAUUUUUAUUGUCACUAACUUCAAACUGAAUUUAGCAUUCUUUUCCACUAAAAAUGUAGGUAGCAAACCAGUUAUCGGCAGUAUCUGUGAUUUUAUCACUGAUGGAAACUACAUUCCCAUCAGAG